UAGUCAUUAACCGCUUUGGAUUAUGGCUCUAAUUAGGGAGAAGAGGUUUAGCCAGAUGAACCUCUCGCUGCACGUCCCGUCGCGUGUACCCUUCCAAGAUGCGGCGGCGGCCGCCCGGCGACAAUGCCCACCACCGGUCGCCGCGGCGUCGACGUCGUCGACGCCGGCGUCCCGAGCCAGCCAGUUCCGGCUCGCCGACUUCGAGAGGGUCGCCGUGCUCGGCCGCGGGAAUGGCGGCACCGUGUACAAGGUUCGCCACCGCGAGACGUGCGCGCUCUACGCGCUGAAGGUGCAGCACUCCGCCGGCGGCGGCGAGCUCGCCGGCGUGGAGGCGGACAUACUCAGCCGGACGGCCUCCCCGUUCGUCGUCCGGUGCCACGCCGUCCUUCCGGCCUCCGCCUCCGCCUCCGGCGACGUCGCGCUGCUCCUCGAGCUGGUGGACGGCGGGUCGCUCGCCUCCGUCGCGGCCCGCGCCGGGGCGUUCCCGGAGGCGGCGGUCGCGGAGGUGGCCGCGCAGGCGCUGUCCGGGCUGGCGUGCCUCCACGCCCGCCGCGUCGUCCACCGCGACAUCAAGCCGGGCAACCUCCUCGUCAGCGUGGACGGCGAGGUGAAGAUCGCCGACUUCGGGAUCGCCAAGGUGGUCCCCCCGCGCCGCGGCGGCGAGCACCGCGCGGCGUACGAGUACGAGGGCACGGCGGCGUACAUGAGCCCCGAGCGGUUCGACUCCGAGCUCCACGGCGACGGCGCCGACCCCUUCGCCGCCGACGUGUGGGGCCUGGGCGUGACCGUCCUGGAGCUCCUCAUGGCGCGCUACCCGCUGCUCCCCGCCGGCCAGAAGCCGAGCUGGGCGGCGCUCAUGUGCGCCAUCUGCUUCGGCGAGCUCCCGCCGCUGCCCGACGGCGCGGCCUCGCCGGAGCUCCGGGCGUUCCUCGCCGCGUGCCUGCACAAGGACCACACGAAGCGGCCGUCCGCCGCGCAUCUUCUCACCCACCAGUUCGUCGCCGGGAGGAACGUGGCGGCGUCCAAGCUCGCGCUCCGGCGGCUAGUGGCCGGAGCGUGAAUUGGCCGCGCCGCCGCCUCAGGCCUUGCACUGAGAUUAGCCUAGUUACUGACAAAUCAUAUAAUUGUAUUCUCUCCGUCUCACAAUAUAAGAAUAUAGUAUUGUCAUGUACAUGUCCU